AUGGAGGCACAAGUUCAUCAACUUGAGCAGGAAGCAUAUACCGCUGUUUUAAGGGCUUUUAAAGCCCAGUCUGAUGCUAUUUCUUGGGACAAAGAAAGUUUGAUAACAGAUUUGCGUAGAGAACUAAGAGUAUCUGAUGACGAACAUAGGGAGCUUCUGAGCAGGGUCAAUAAGGAUGAUACCAUUCAACGGAUAAGAGAUUGGAGACAGGGAGGCGGAAGCCAAGUCCCUUCUAGACAUGCAACUAAUCAUGGUUUUGACGUUGUUCUUAGUCCAACUUUCUCAGCUUCCCGGAAGAAACAUAAGCCAUUCCAAUCUUAUCAUCCAUCAAUUGGUCCUGCUGGGAAUAGGUCAUUCAAUAAUCGCGUUGUAUCCGGUGGUAUUUCAGCAAAUGAAUCUGCUGAAGCUCUUGUCGGAAGAAAAGUGUGGACAAAAUGGCCUGAAGACAACAACUUUUAUGAAGCAAUUAUAACCCAGUACAACGUAGCUGAGGGUCGGCAUGCUUUGGUGUAUGAUAUAGACUCAGCAAAUGAAACGUGGGAAUGGGUUGAUCUGAAGGAGAUUCCACCGGAAGAUAUAAGGUGGGAUGGAGAAGAGAGUGGGGUAGCUUUAAACAUUGGACUUGGAAGUGGAUCAAUCCGUGGCAACCGAAGGAACCAAAGCCAUUAUGGUAGAGGGAGAGGACCAAGAAUUCAUCAACCAAGACGAGAACUUGGACCACCUCCAGCACAACAGAAUGGUGGUGGUGGUGAUUGGAGAACUUCCUCUGAUGAUAUUGAAUUGUUCAACACAGACUCACUUGUGAAGGAGGUGGAGAGAGUUUUCGAUUCUACUCAUCCUGAUCCUUUUGAGCUUGAUAAGGCCAAGAAAAUGCUCAAGGAACAUGAGCAGGCGCUUAUUGCUGCCAUUGCAAGGCUUGCGGAUACUUCUGAUGGUGAAAUCGAUGGAGAUCCACCAUAUUCGCAUGACCAUCCAAUGCCACAGGGAUGA